GUUACGGAGUUCCUACAGGGCAGUUGGUGAUCCGGGAAUGGGAACGGUGGCGCGUGCGUCUCCACCCUGCGCCAACAAACACGAGACAGGACACUGAACUCAGAUCAACAGCGGAGCGCGCGCUUCACCACACCAACAUGCCCACGAGCCAGACUCGGACCCGCGCGCGGAACGCGCUGAAUCGGCCGGAGUUCAUGUCCCUCCACCACCAGCCCGCGCGGAGCGGCGGCGCGGAGGCUCGCGCAGGGGCGCGCAGGCCGUCCUACAAGACGCAGCAGUCGCAGCAGCAGCACGCGGAGCGGGGCGGCGAGGGCGCGCAGCAGGACGCGGGGGAGAACGGGCGCGAGCGGCGAGAGUUCCCGGAGGAGGACUGCAUGCAGCUGAACCCGUCCUUCAAGGGCAUCGCCAUGAACUCGCUGCUGGCCAUCGACAUCUGCAUGUCCAAGCGGCUCGGCGUGUGCGCGCACCCCACGUCCUCGUGGGGCGGCAUGCGCUCCAUGGUCAAACUGCUCGCGCUCACCGGCCACGGCAUCCCGUGGAUCUUCGGCACCAUCCUGUGCCUCACGAGGAGCAACACGCUGGCGGGACAAGAGGUGCUUGUGAACUUGCUGUUGGCUCUCUUGCUGGACGUGAUGACCGUGGCAGGCAUGCAGAAGCUGGUGAAGCGUAAAGGACCCUGGGAGAUGUCCCCCGGCUUCCUGGACUACCUGGCCAUGGACAUGUACUCCUUCCCAGCAGCCCAUGCGAGCCGGGCAGUCAUGGUGUCCAAGUUUCUUCUGGCGCACUUGGUGCUGGCAGUUCCUCUACGGAUUCUGCUGGUGCUGUGGGCCUUCCUGGUGGGCAUGUCCCGCGUGGUCCUGGGCCGACACCACCUCUCGGAUGUAGGAUGCGGCUUCGCUCUGGGAUUUCUCCAUUACAGCCUGGUGGAGAUGGUUUGGUUGCCUUCUAGCACUUGUCAGACUCUUAUCUCAAUCGGCACGCUCAACUGGUUCUUUUGAGCGGAGAGAGAGUGUGUGUGUCUGUGUGUGUUUGUGUGUGUGUGUUACCUGCAGCCUUUAAAACUCAGUCGGGAUUGCCUUUAGUCCCUCUGUGGAGUAGAGGGCACAUUUUCCAAGACGAACUGAAGUCUUAGGUAGUUUUAAAGCCUGAAUUGAACAUUUUACCAUUUGCGCCAAAGCUAUAGAACCUGAGAGAAGCAUCUGAGAAGAUCACAGGGUGGACAUUUGCUAUUGAUGUGAUAUAGCAAUGCCUAUGCAUUGAAAGCUGCUGCAUACUGUUUAAAAAAAAUGCCAAAAAAGGUCUAUGUAUACAAUAGAUGAUCUGCUUCGAUUUGUAUUUGUUUUUAUUGCAUUUGUUUAACUGCUGUGAGCGAGCGAACGUUGCUCAGGGAUUUUUGUAACAGUGGAAUACUGUGUCAUGGAAAAUCUCUUGUUUUAUUGUGAAAUCGGAUAUCCUUUAGAAAAAUAACCCAACAACAACUGUAUUUGGACACUAAGUCCAUGCUAAGCAAAUGCUGGAACCUUUCAGUCACAAAGCCUAGAGCGAUGAAGUCCGAAAUACAAUGGAAUAAAGCGUCCAUUCUCUUCUCAUCAUUAGUAUUCAUUGGUAUCAUUAGUAGUGUCAUCAGGAGCAGAGUAAAGAGGCCAGACAAUGUUCGCAUUUGACAAAUGCCUUUGAACAAAAAGAAAAAGACAGAAAUAACUGGUUAGCAAGCAGCGAUUCUCUCCUAAAAUAGUGAAACACUGGUUGAGACCCUUAUUCAUCUUCAAUACCAGCACCACAUAUGUACAAGUAACACUUAUAGUACCAAUCAAAUAUUUGGAUACAGCUUUAAUGUUAUGCAUUGUAGAUUGACACUAAAGUCAUCCAAACUAUGAAGAAAAACAUAUGAAAUAAACUGAGAAAUAAACCAGAAUAUGUUUUGUAUUUUAGAUUUUAUAAAGUAGCACCUCUUGCUUUGCACAUCUUGACAUUUUCUCAGUCACAUGGAAUGGCUUUCAGUUAACAGCUGUGCUGAAUGUGUUUGAGAGCAACAGUUGUAAAGUUGUGAAGAGUUAGAGUUGGUAUACAGUGAAUAGCUCUAUUUGAAUAAUGUUCUAAUCCAUAUCAUAGCAAGAACUACUUAACUAAGUAAAGGAAUGAAGGUCAGUCUAUCUGAAAAAAAUCAAGAACUUUAAAGUAUCCCCAAGAGUCUAUCGAAACAUGAUGAUGAUGGAACUGGCUCUCAUUAGGACCGCCUCAGAAAAGGAAGAAAAAUAGUUACCUCUGUUGCACAGGAUAAGUUCAUUAGAGCUACCAGCCUCAUAGUUACCAACCAGCUACCAACCGCUACCAACCCCAGAUAAGAGCACAUCAUAGUCUGGUUGACUUCAGUAUUAAUUUACAAUAUAGAAAAAUAAAUUCAUUAAUGAAUAAAAACAAUGAAUGAGAAGAUGUGUUCAGACUUUUUACUGGUACUGUAUACCCAGGUAACGUACACAUGUACCCAUGUAUUUGGGGCUCGUAUGGGUAUCCCAACCGGGAACCAGAAGGUUUUUCCCUUGGGUAUUACAUUAGUCCCACAUAUGGAUGCCCACAAGAGUCUGUGUUGUGACCAGGAGGGGUUAAACCUAAUCACCAUCUGGGUUGUAGACUUCACAUUUGGCCUAGAUGGGAUUCAUGCGAGAUAUCACAUGUACAAACCCACUCAGAGCUGCCUUAGGUUUACCUGUUACCCACCAAGCCCACGUUCCACCCAUGUGAGCCCCACAUGAACAUGUUGGCUGGGAAGCAUCUUUGUAGUGUUAACCCUUUAACAUCCUAAAAAAUAUGUUUUACAGUGCUCUGCAAAAUUGUUGGAAUUGUGAAGCCAGUCCCUUAUAUCUGUUGUAGACUGAAACAAUUGGGUUUGACAUUAAAUCUGUAGUAUGUUGUCUAGUUCCAGUAACCUGAAACUGCAUAUUGUGCUAUAACAUAUUGUGUACUAUAACAUUUUGCCUGAUCAGUGAAAGUAAAUGUGUGAUUCCUCCUUAAUCCCACUAGAAAACCUAAAGCUGAUGUACCUUAAUCAUUAAAACACUGGUGCUGAUUACUUUACAUUGCUGAGCCAAAACAUUAAGCUACUCCACAUGCAUCAGUCCAUGAGACAUAAUGAAUAUUUUAAAUCCCAUUUGUCAAUAAUUUGCAAUAUGAUAUUAAUAACGUAUUUUAUUCAAUUAUUGUGAACAUUUUGGAAAACAUACUUUGACUAUUACGUUUUUAUUUUGUUAAAUAAUGUUAUAAAAUAUAUAUUCACUUAUUCUCUCAUAGAACAACAUGGAUGUCCCAAUUUUGCUAAUAACACACAUAUAUGCAAGAUUUACAUGAAUGUGUUUGAGUAUUUCAUAAGGGCUUCAUAUUGAGUAAGACUACACUUGUGUGAUUGUGAGAAAGAGAAAGAAAGUGUGAGAGUGAGAAAGUGAGAGAGAAAGGUUGAUUUUAAUUUUGUAUAAAUAUGUUAUAAACCAAAUUAUUGGUUUAUAGGUUUGAUAUAAACCUGAAUUUCAAAUAAUGAACAGUGGCAUGAUGGCAAAAUAUGAUGAAUAAAUAAAUAAGGACUGAAUGUCCUUUACGUGAAUAAAAUAAAAUACUGUACUAUAUACUUUA